CAAUUUGGUUUCGGUGCCCAGGUCCAGGUAAGAAAGUCCCGCAAAAACUUGUUCAACUGGAACGUUCCCCCCACGAGGCGCUCAUACACUUGCCCAAUUUUAAACAUGGCGCUUGCUUGAGUUUAUUUGUUUACGUUGCACCUUCCUUUAAACGCCCAUUUUUCGUAAUGUAGUUUGAUUACAUUAUUUUAAGUUCAGCUUUUCUCUAUAUUUUAAACUCAUUUUAAUUAAUGCCGUGCAAGUAUGACUGAUCCAUCGGUUGGAAAGUUCGACUUUCUUUGUCGACUAUGCAUGACUUCGUUGGUGAACGGAGCUUACGAAAUUUUUGAAGAAAACACGCAAAUCUGGAAGAAAAUCACCGUUUGUUUGCAGAUCAAGAUCGAACAAAAUGACGAAUUACCUAAAUCCAUAUGUAAAAGCUGUGUUACGAAAUUAGAUGAUUUCUACAGUUACCGCGAAUCGUGCUUACGAACUGAAGUCAUCCUAAUAAAUUGUAUCUCCAAUUGUAAUUCAACUUCGCAGCGACCUUUGAAAUCAGAUAAUAAAGAAAAUGACGAUACAGAAAAAGAAAAGAUCGACGAUAACGAAAACGAAACCAGCCCGAAGGAAAGUGGCGUCGAAGAAUCCUUAUCAGAAGAAAAGAACCUGGCAGUGGAUAAAAUCAAGAAAGAAGCUACCGAAAACAAUAUCUCGGAUGUUGAGAUGUCUCCGAGUGAAAACGUUGGUUUAAGUGAGGAUGAAGAAGAUGAAGAAAUGGACGAGGACAAAGAAGGAGACGCUUCAAUAGCGAAUGCGAACGCUGAUAAGUCUCCUCUAACUAGAACUGCCUCUUUACCUGAACUCGCCGAACCUUCGCCCGAAGAUUACGUACUCAUGAAAGAAGAAACUUUCAAUUUAGAUCCUGUUAAAGAUGUUGGUACGAGUCGAGGAGCAACCUCGAGCAUUUUAGCUGAUUACUUAAUCGAAUUUAGUAAUUCGAAAAGCGGAGAGAAUGAUAUGAAAGAUAAAGACGUUAUGGAAUCGCAGAGAUUAAGACGAGAGGUUCUUCCGCCUAUGUGGGAUGUUUACGAGAAAUCAAUUACCGAAAAAGAGAAUAUCUGCGCAGACGGCACAAACGGCGAGAAAGAACGGACGGUAAAGGUGACUCAUCGUCGAUACAUUAUAAACAAGGGUGCGUUUCCUUGCUCUCUUUGCGGCGAAUGUUUCGAAUUCGAUCAAGGCAAACGACGCGACGACUUCUCCGAAGAAAAAUCCAAACUGUACGAUUGCCUAACCUGUGGCAAGGUGUUCCCUCGUCGUAGUUCGUGGAAACGCCACCAAAGUACUCACGAAGAUGUGAAACCUUUCGUCUGCCGUAUGUGCAACAAGGGCUUUAAUCGUAAAGAACAUCUUAGCAGGCAUCUGCUGUCUCAUGGUAGCGUUCGCCCGUACUCGUGUAACGUCUGCAGCAAGCAGUUCGUACGUAAAGAGCAUCUGACGCGGCACCAGCUCUGCAAUCCGGCCUGUGCUGUACCUGUGGACAACGUGUUGCGUCCGUUCGGCUGUGAUGUAUGCUCUCAAGGAUUCGUACGUAAAGAACACCUAAUUCGGCAUCGUAAACGAGCCCAUGAUUUAGAUCCACCCGAAGGAGAAGCUGAACCGAAACCGUUCACGUGUAACGUUUGUACGAAAACAUUCACGCGACGAGAACAUUUGAAACGACAUCAACUCAUUCAUCAGCGAGAUUUUUCCAAUAGCUCGUUAUCUUCAUUGGGAGCUAGAUUGUUCGGUACGGGAGUUAAUUCGAAAGACGACUCGUAUCAUUCUGAAGUGUCUAUUUUCCCAACUACUCCGAUCCUUCCGGAGAUCACAUUGAGCGAAAUUGGAGGCGGCAACGACGAUUCGGAGAACCGUAUGUACGACAGUUCAUUACAGAAUUCCAGCAGCAUGAUGGAAAACAACGAUGGAGAUCAUCUCGACGAAUCCGUUCAAUACGGAGUAGGCUGCGGUGACGAAGAUGUAGAAAUGGACGACGACGCCGACGAGCCAUUACCUCCGAUUCCGGUCUUGGAGAUGAACACGAAUGCGGUGAAUAUUACACCCACAGUGGCGGAUAUCACCAAGAGUAACACUUUCUGUAACGUCUGUUUCAAAAAUUUCUCUCGCCGGAGUCAUCUAUUGCGACACAUGAAACGAAUCCAUAGUAUGCAAUUACCGCCAUCGUCGCGGCGUAAACCGCAACAGCAGCCGCAGCCGACGGUACCGCAGCAGCCUAAAUCAGCGGGCGAUGAAAAUGGUAACUCGUUAACGGACUCUUCGGCGACGGCAGUAGCUACACCGACGCCGCCCGAACAAACCUACAAGUGUCAGUUAUGCGGUAAAGUAUUCUCCAGACGGUCUCAUCUAGAACGCCACGAAAAAAACAUUCACCAGUUGGAUAAAGAAGCCAAUCAACCGUACGAAUGCGUAACCUGCGGCGCAACCUUCAUCCAGAGUAAGCUGCUCGAUAAACAUAUGCAAGUGCACGGCAACACUGUGCCCGAAAAUUACGUGUGGAUGUGACGAAUGCUUUCGUUAUCGUCAAACGCUCGGACGACCAUUCUCAUUUGCGAGGGUAACGCGUGAGCUUGCUUUUCAUAUUUUUUUUCCGGCUGCAGUCAAUUCUCUCUCUCUCUCUCAUCGAUAGGUUUUUAUUCUAAUACGUAUAUUUAUUUUUUUCCUUUUUUAGUUUUAGAGCAAAAGUAAACCUACUCCCGCUCCCCCCCUCAACUAAGUUCAUUUUCACCCUUGUACGUAAAAGUUAAGGAAUUGAAUUGAAGCAGGGAAAUACAAUGUCGGCUAAGUGCCAAUCACGUUUUUUACGGGAGAGCGAAAACGAGUUCGCAUAACAGGUACAUCUUAUAGAAAGCGCUAUCUCUCGGUGUUCCAUAGUACAACUUGGAGUCCAAGUUGUACUAUGGAACACCGAGAGAUAGAGCUUUUUAUAAGAUGUACCUGUUAUGCGAACUCGUUUACGCUCUCCCGUAAAAAACGUGAUUGGCACUUAGCCGACAUUGUAUUUCCCUGCUUCAAUUACUCUCCGAAUGAAGUUUAAUAACCUUCGAGUUCGUUCUCCCCCCUUCUCCUCUUCCCCAUUUUCUUAUUGAUUUCUUCAUCUCUCUCUAUCUUUCUCUCUCUCUCUUUUGUGUUAUUUUUUUUCUCUUCUUGUUUUAAUCAUGUGACUGUUUUUUAUUUUUAUUAUACGUACCCCAUCAUUUUCAUUUUAUUUUCUCCUCCUUUUUCCCAUCUUUUAAUUUAGUGUUUUUAUUUCCUUUCUUAAUGAGAUAGCAGUAUUUUUUAAGAAACACUACGUAGACAAGUAUUUUUCAAGCGUUUUGUUAUUUAUUAUAGUACAUACUAUAAUAUUAUUCGUCUCGAUGAAAGCUACGAGACGCGUGGAAUUGAUCAAUUUUUAUCCUAUAAUCGGGUUACACGGUCUUGAAUUUUGUGCAUUCCUUGUUGUUAUUGUUUUGUUGACGAAUUUUUUUCGCUAGUUUUUCCUUUCCUUUUUUUUUUUAGUAGGUAGUUGAAUUUACCAUUGUGUUUUUCUUCAUUGUGUGUUUCGUGAUUUCGACUGGAUUGAAUUUGUUGGUCAAUGUUGAAGGAUCUGUGUGGCUGAAUGACUCGUGGUUUUAAAAUGAUUAGUAGUACAUAUUUUGAUGGAUUUUUUUUUGGAGGUAUUGAGGCUGAAUUUUGGAAAACGUUUUUUCUGAAAUCGUGUUAGGUAAUGAUUUUUUUUUUAGUUUUCGACAAAUUUUAACGUUAAUUUUGAAACGUUUUCAGCUGGUAAAAUGGUGCUUUUUUAGAAGACGUGUAUUUUUUUGAGUAAUUUUUCAGCUGUCCUUUAGCGUUACCAACUUAUUCUUUCGUCGAAUUUACGAUCCAUUUUUACAUAUAAAUCCUCACCUGGAGUUGACAAAAAUUGUGUGCAUUUUGGUGCUGUUUUUAUGCAUGGUACAGUUUUGUUAGAUGACUUUUUACUCAUUCUAGCAUUAUUUUUUUUUGAAAAAUUUUUUGAAAGUGAAUUUUUUAAAUUUGAGCCACUCCUACCUUUUUUAGAUCUCACAAGGUAACCUCUUGAGAUGUCUCCCUCCGAUUUGAACGGGAUCGCGAUUUUUGAAAAGAGCAUAGUCUAAAACCCCUAAAACCAAAUUUUCAGCUGCCCAAGUUCAUUUUUCGAUUUUUGGCGAAUUUUUGAAAAUUCAAAAUUGACUGUUUUUGGCGAUUUAUGCUUUUUUUUUAAAAGUACGUACUUGAUCAGUAAAAAUGGUCAAAAUAAGUCCCAAAAUUAAUAUUAAUUACUCAAAUCCAAAUUUUACCAUUUCCAGCCAUUCUGGAGCCUCCAGUGCGAUUUUUCAAUUUCUCCAGAAUUUUGAGUUUGCUCCAGAGGGCGUGAAUAUGAAGUUGGGUAGCUAAAAAUCGAGUUGUAUAUUACAAUCGACUUGUUUAACGAGUUUAUCCACAUUUUGUGCCGAUUUUGAGAGUGACACUUCAAAAGUGGUUUUUUGACCAGCUUUUUUCAAAAUUAAAAAAUCCAAAAAAUCAAGUUUUCCGUUUGUUUGGAAAUUUUUGAAAUUCACGCAAAUCGCUGUAUUUUAUCCAAAACUAACCCCCCAAUCCAAAUUUCACAAUUACCAGCCAUUUUGGAGCCUCCAGCGCGAUUUUAAAUUUCUCCAGAGUUUUGAAUUUGCUCCAGAAGGCGUGAAUGUGCAGUUGGGCAGCUAAAAAUCGAGUUGUAUAUUACACUCGACCAGUUUAACGAGUUUAUCCACAUUUUGAGCCGAUUUUGAGAGUGACACUUCAAGAGUGGUUUUUUGACCACCUUUUUCAAAAUUGAAAAAUCAAAAAAAAUCAAAAAAAACCGUUUGUGAGAAAAUUUUAGAAAUUUGUGUGAAUUGCUGUAUUUCUCCAAGAACUAACUCCUGGAGCGCAAAUUCUACCAUUUCCAGCCGUUUUGGAGCGAGAGUGACACCUCAAAAAACCACUCUUGGAGUGUCACUCUCAAAAUCGGCUCAAAUGUGGAUAAACUCGUUAAACAGUUCGAGUGUAAUAUACAUUUCGAUUUUUAGCUGCCCAACUGCAUAUUUACGCCUUCUGGAGCAAAUUCAAAAUUCUGGAGAAAUUGAAAAAUCGCGCUGGAGGCUCCAGAAUGGCUGGAAAUGGUAAAAUUUGCAUUUGGGUAAAUAAUAUUAGUUCUCAUCUGGGACUUAUUUUGACCAUUUUUAUUGAUCAAUGAUCAAGCACGUACUUUUUUUUAAAAAAGCAUAAUAAUUCGCCAAAAACAGUGAAUUUUGAAUUUUCAAAAAUUCUCCAAAAAUCUAAAAAUGAACUUGGGCAGCUGAAAAUUUGGUUUUGGGGGUUUUAGACUAUGCUCUUUCCAAAAAUCGCGGUUCCGUUCAAAUCGGAGUGUGACAUUUCAAGAGGUUCCCUGUCAGAGUGAGGCAGGGGGAGGCGGUUCAGAUCAUUGAAAAUUUUUAUAGUUUGGUUGAAAAAAAAAAACCUAAAAUAUUAGCAAAGUUUUUGACUUCUUUUGCUUUGCACUUACUCCAACAAAAUAUUCAAUUUUUUUUUUUAUUCAAAUGAAAUUUGUCAAUUACGAUUAUUUUUAAAAAUUGCCAAUGCUUCUCAAUUUCGAAGUUAUCUAACAAUUUUGCUGUAAUUUCGAAUGCAUUAUUGUGCGUGCUAGACAGUUGAAGAAAACGUCUAAAAAAGGAAAAUCAGCGGUGCAAUUAUCAAUUUACAUUCCAUCCUAAUUACCCUACCAUUGUUAUAUAAUUUUUUGAUUCUGUUUUACUUAUGAAUAGUCUAUAUGAAUCAAGUUAGCGUUUAUUUGAUUUGCAUUUUACAGCGUAAAAAUUGAAACGAAUUUUAGUACACACCGAUCAUGUAUUACACAUUACGAAGUAUAAUGUGCCUAAUUUGUACGACAUUUGAAUGUAUUAGGGAAAAAAUACCUACGCAAAUUGAUUUUGCUAUAUACUAUUUAUAUUAACUACCUCACAGAAUACGUUUACCUUUGUGAUAUUAAUUGUUUUCCUUAUUAGUGAUUUUACGUAUCGCUUAACGAGUAUUGAUUUUAUAUUUGACCGUUGCAUGAUACACUUGAAAUUAUCAUGUUUUUUGUUUCUCUCGUUUAGUUUCGUUUUUUAUUUUCCAAUUGGUGCCUUUGAAUGUAUUUUGUUAUACCGCUUUGGCCUGAUAAUGAAGUAUUUAUUUAGUACAGCUUCGAAUAUGGAUUUGUACGCCUUUAUUGUGUAUGUAAAUGUAUAGGUUUUGUGGAGCGAUUAAUAGGUCGAAAUUUGCUCUCUAGAAAUGACCCACAUUUUAUAGCGAAUCGCCCGCAUUCAGAAAGGCUAAGAUCUUAUUCAAGGUGCUCUGUGUUGUUAUAGCUUGUUUUUUAUUUGUGUAUUUUUUUUGUUAUUGUUGCUUGUGCCGACGACGUAGUACUAAGUAGGUGUUAAAUUAGCUAGAUGAAUUAAUUGAAUUUUGAAAGCAGAGAGUUUAGGUUAAUUUGAUAAUAUUGAUUUUUUGAGUAGUGAAAUAUUAGUGUUUUUUCAAGUGUCGAUUGAGUCGUAAAUGUAGACGAUUAGUUCGAUAUCGAUUUUUUGAUUUUUUUUGUUCAAAUUUGGGAAAUUGGAGUUGAUAAAAUUCGUAUUUGGUUUGGAAUUUGUGUUGGAGAGAGAAAUGACAUAAAUUAAGGCGUUUCAAAUACUCAUUAAUUGAUUUUGGUUUCGAAAAAUUGAAAAAAAAAAUUAUUUAGGAUAGAAUGGAAAUUCAGAUAUUUUCCAAGGUUCGUUCAGUUUCCAAAUUUAUGCGAGGAGGGGCAAAUUAACUCACUUGUCCCUUCUCUGCUUUCUACAGCUCUGCUUUGAAUGAUAAUCGAGUGAUUGCUGGUCGAUCAUUUUCAUUCUCAAUUCAAUCAGCUUUAGAAUGAUUUAAUUUUCCCAAUAAAAUCGAUACUGCGCUGUAAUCGAUUCUACGUUUACGAUUUCAAUCGACAUAUUUAGUUAUUAGACAUUCCAUGAUUACGAAUGAGCUAUGCCGGUCAUAAUAUCGUCAGAUUUUCGAGGGUCCAAUGUGAAAAUUGCGCGCAUAUCUUUCACGAGAUUACUUAGCUCGAGUAUUGUUAAUUUUUUAUUUUUGCGUAGAAAAGUUUCACAAUUUUUUUUAUCUAUUCUAGUCGAAUCUAUAAUACGCGCUGGUAAAAAUUCGUGUGGAUCAAGAAUACAUUUUUUCCCCCAACACACGCUAGUCGAAGACCUUUGAAACAUAUCUUGUCAAAUAAUACUAUAGGCCUAGAAAAUAUUCAUCAUUUUGUCACGAGAGAAAAAAACCCUUGACGGAAAUCUGAUUUUCGAUCGAAUCGUGUUCAUAUUUAGUAUACUUGUUGUGGCUCCGUAAUUUAUUAUUUUUUUAUAAAAAAAAAAAAGAAAAAAAGGAGUGUGAUAUUUUUCAUCAUCGUUGAUUUCCUCUGAUAUUUUAUCAUCGUUUUACUCGUCGAAACAAUUACACGAUCAAAGUUAUGUACUGGCUUUUUUUUUUUUUUUAGAUGUAUUUGUAAUUAUUAAGUAAUUAUUUUUUUACAUACUUAUUUUUUUCUAUUUUUUUAGUAAAAUUAAUUAUGUUCAACACGUAUUUAUUUUCUACCGUGGAAUUGUUGAUUUUAUUAGUAAUACGUCUUUUCCAACAGAUUUAAAUUUUCACGAAGAGGAAUAAAGUUGAGCUAUGGAAACUUUUGGAUUUUUUAUUAAAUGGGAAUAGUUACCUGCGGCUCGACGAGGAGCUUUUUUUUUCAAUCGUUACCGAGUGUGGUUUUUUUUUGGUAUUUUAGAACUUUAUUUCUCUUCGAUUAUUUAUUAUUACGUACGUGUACAAGACGAAGUUGGAAAUGUAUUAUUAUUAUUAUUUUUCUAAAGGUAGAUUACUACUUAUGUGAAUGCAGUUUUCAUGUUUCUGUUUAUUAUUAUUAUUACGAUUACGAUUUUUUUUGUAUUAUUUUUUCUAGAUGUUUGAACAUCUAUUUAAAAAAGAGUAAUUACGCUUAUUUUAUUCACUACGAAUAUAGUACCGCGAUGUAAAACGCAAGCGAGCUUAUUUUUUUGUGUAAAUUUAUCAUUUAUUAAGAGUUGUUUGUUCGUUUGUCGAUAUUUAUUAGAGUUUAUUAAGCACGUACGAGACCUAUACCUGUACUACUUUCCUUGUUUUAUCUUCCUCCCUCCUUCAUCUGUUCCGUUUUCUAUUUACGAUUUUUUUGGCUACUGGUAAACCGCGAGGACCAAUUUUAACAUAUCAGACUGUGGUAAUAUCUUGUGAUAUUUUAAACGAAUACAUAAAAUCGUUUUUAAACAUUUCAACAGCGAAAGGUGAUCCGUAGGGUCAGAAAAGAAUUCACCCAAAAUUACGAAAUUUUCAUACUCUUACACCAUUUUAACGAUAUUAUAGUGACAGUUUCUCCUUGUUGUUUGUUUUUUUUUCCAUUAUGUAUAUUUUUAUUAUUAUUAACUGCACCAUUAUACCGUAAUUUAUAUUAUUUAAGAGUAUUAAUUAUCCUGCGGGUUUUGGUUAUAUAAAAUUUGAGAUUGUAUGCGUAAUACGUAUUUAUUUCCAUUAAAUUUAAUUUAUUGUUUAAAUAUAUACUGUGGGUAUGUUGUU